UCUGCCUUAGUGCAAGGGGGAAGAGCUAUUCUGGGCGUGUUUCUGCUGCUUCACAACAACCAGUUCCACGUAUGCAAACACGAAGAGACGAAGAAAAGAAAAUAGGGGAUUGCCAAAAAUGGGCUGGCAAGAGUUGCUUAUAAGUCAUGUCUGGGUCUGUCGACUGUCUACGGGUUGAAGAUGAGGGACGGCAUUCAAACUUCGUAACUAUCCAUUGUUCACCCACGCUCUUUACAUUAAACCCAAGGCACCCAAGACACCAUCGACCUGGAUGAUAAAGCUUAUCUACAACUGAGGCCAAGAUCAAAUCUGUGAUCGACAAUACCUGCUCGAGUCAACACAACGGCUGCCGCGUUGCGCCAAGAAGCGACGCCCACAAUCUCUAUCUACUCUUCACCCCGCUCCAGUCUCUUCCGCCAUGGCCGACAACAGCACAACGACGGAGGGCGCCUCUGCCGGGUUCACCUUCUAUCACUAUGACCCGUCCAUGGUGGCGGCGACCGUCUUCAUCAUCGUGUUCGGAGUCUCGGGCAUACUGCACAUCUGGCAACUGUGCCGGCGCCGGACAUGGUAUUUUAUUCCCUUCGUCAUCGGUUGCGUUUUCGAAGCAGUCGGUUACGUAGGCCGAUCCAUGUCGGCAGCAGAAGCACCCGAUUACACCAAGAACCCCUACAUCAUCCAGUCGAUCCUCCUGCUGCUCGGACCGGCGCUGUUCGCCGCGUCCAUCUACAUGGUGCUGGGCCGGUUGAUAAACCUCCUCGACGCCGGCCACCACUCAUUGAUCAGACCGAAAUGGCUGACCAAGGUCUUUGUGCUUGGCGACGUCUUGUCCUUCUUCGCCCAGAGCGGAGGUGGCGGCAUGCUCGCAACGGCCAAGGACCGCGACUCGGUCAAGAAGGGCGAGAACAUCAUCGUUGGCGGCCUCGGCAUCCAGAUUCUGUUCUUCGGCUUCUUCAUGAUCGUCACCCUCGUCUUCCACAUCCGCCUCGCCCGCAACCCGACGCCCAAGACCCACACGGUCCAGACGCCCUGGAAGGGCCUCCUCUGGGUCCUGUACGGCAGCAGUCUGCUGAUCAUGGUCCGCUCGCUGUUCCGCGUCGCCGAGUACGUCGAGGGCAAGGAGGGCGAGCUGCAGUCCAAGGAGAUGUACAUCUACAUCUUCGACGCGCUGCUCAUGGGCAUCACGUCCUUGCUCUUCAACUGGUUCCACCCGAGCCGCGUCAUUAACGCCGAAGCGACCGGCCUGAAGCAGGUGACGAGCUCCGAGGUGCUCAACGAGGGCUACCUGAUGGAGAGCGGACAGUACCCCAACCCGCACCAGCAGUACCCGCCGCAGCACCAGCAGCAGCAGCAUUACCCCCAGAACGAGCGGUACGAACCUUACCAGGGAGCCGGCGGCCAGCAGGGCUUUCGCAGGUGAAGAGACCCGAGAAACGAGGAACGAGUUGGCUGAGCCGCCCGCGAUGUCUCAGAGACCGAGCGAAGAGAGUUGGAGAGACUGGGCUUACGAGCCGUAGAGCUGGGCGCGACGAUAAUAUCCCUUGAUAGGCAGGCGGUUGUUUCUUUUGUUUUUGAGCCGAUAUUUGUACCAGUCAAAUCGGAUCAUGGUCGAUUAGGCAUUUGGCACAGGAGCGUCGGUUUGGAUUCCAUGCUUUAGAUGAACACGAUGAAAUUUUGUACAUUACACACAAUGAGCUUCGUUAGAAGAUCUCUAGAAACAGUCAAGUUGACUUGGACACAAGAAUUGACUUAGAUUCCUG